CUACGCAUUGUAAAGAAAUCACAGCGACAUGAAGUUUAUUUCAUUUAUAAGUGUACUUCUUGCAAUUGGAGUUUAUUCGGCAAAACUACCGGAAUAUUUAAAGAAAUGCAAAAAGGGUACUGAUAAUGGUGAUUGCGUUGCUGUAAAUGAACAAGCUGUUGUUGAUGCACUUCUUAAAAAUUCUGGUGAACCAAAAUUUAAACUACAAGGCUUGACACCGAUUCACGUUAGUAGAAUUGAUCUCCAAGCCACGCCACAAUUAAAAGUAGGAUUGUCUGAAGUUGACUUUUUUGGUUUCGAGCAUCUUAAGCCUACUGGCGGCAACAUCGACGCUGACACAUUGCACAUAAAAUCAUUUCUACCACAUGUUGAAAUUAUCGGCAAGUACGACAUCAACGGAAAAAUUCUAAUUCUACCCAUUCAAGGUCAAGGCAAUUGUAAUAUCACACUAGUUGAUUUCGAUGUGGAUUAUAUUGCAAAACUAGUUGUUGAAGAGCGCAAAGGAAAAAAGUACUAUCAAGUUGCUGCUGAUGAUAAUACUACGCUAAAGAUCAAUAACAUUAAAAAAGUCCACUGGCAGUUCAAUAAUCUGUUCAAUGGAGAUGAACGGCUUGGACCAGAAAUGAACCGGUUUCUGAACGAGAACUGGAAGGAUGUUUUUAGCGAAGUUCAAGUGGCCAUCGAACAAACCGCAGCGUAUUCGAUUGUUAAUUAUUUUGUUAAUGGAUAUUUACAUUUUAUUCCUAUUGAUGAACUUUUUGAAGAGUAAUUUCUUCCGAGAAUAAGUUUUUGGCAGUGCAUUAUUAGUUUAGAUUAUGUUUAAGGGUAAAACUUUUUUUUAACAAAAUAGAUGUCAAAAUACAAUAUUAA